CCGUGGGGCGUCUAUAUAGUGCUUCUCUCCUCCGGAGCUUUAUCAGGAUCAACUUCCGCUCUACGGAUCUCUUCCUUCAUUUUCUCUUUCUACGAAUUCAUCUAACUCCAUCUCCUUCCAACCCCAACAACUCCCCACUUUUGACCCUCUUUGGAUUGGCAUUGCUAUUGUUUUGGGUCUCACCACCAGUGCGCUUAUUAUUCACCGAAUUAUCCGUCUUCUUCCCCUGCGAGGGGCGUGAUUCGCCAUUAUGAUGCACCCCUCCAGACAGGCCUAUGUCGAGGAGGCUGAGGACACCGACAUGGGAAUUGAUCUAGCCAAUAUACCCGUCGAUCAUGAUUAUGACCUUCCUUCUUCCGCCGCCGGCAUCCCCGCCGCGAGGGCCUCGGCCAUCCUGUCCCAGUUCGAGCGCAAACGACGAGCCGCCGCCAUGGCGGUGCCCACCGACGAUAGCCGAGUGCGAGCCCGCCUGCGCGAGCUCGGGGAACCCAUCACGUUGUUUGGGGAAGGCCCAGGAGACCGAAGAGACCGACUACGCGAGCUCUUGACCGACCUGGCGGAGCGACAGGAUGCGGCGGAUGCCGAUGUCGAGAUGCGCGAAUCGACCACCGAGCUGGGCGCGGAGGAAGAGGAUGAAGGCGAGCAGCAGGAGGAGUUCUACACGGAGGGAUCCGAUGCUCUUCUCAACGCUCGGAAAGAGAUCGCGCGUUUCUCUCUUCCGCGCGCAAAGGCCCGCGUGGCCCGCCAACGCGACGAAUCCACGAUCCCUCUCCGCACGCACAUUAAGCAUCGCAAGGCUAUCAAAGAGAAGCUGCAGGGUUUCGACCUCUACGGGUCCCAGAUCGCCGGCGAUCGCCCCGUCAGUAUCUGCCGAUUCGCACCCGACGGCCAGACCAUCGCUACGGGCAACUGGGGCGGUGGUAUCAGCCUGCUCACCGUGCCCAACCUCGAGGAGAAGCGGUCCUUCAAAGGCCACGCAGAUCGCGUGGGGGGUCUGGCUUGGUACCCCGGGGCCACACUGCCCACCUCCAACGUGUCAGAGUCGUCGGUCAACUUGGUGUCCGGCGGCGGCGAGGGAGACGUGGCUUUGUGGUCGCUGGACCAGGACCAGCCGUUGGCGACGCUCCCCGGGCACAGCGGCCGGGUGUGCCGCACCGAGUUCCACCCGUCGGGUCGCUAUCUCGCGUCCGCCUCAUACGACACCACCUGGCGGCUAUGGGAUGUCGAGACGUCGCGCGAGUUGCAGCUCCAGGAAGGUCACUCGCGCGAGGUCUACACGGUGGCCUUCAACGAGGACGGAUCGCUCCUAGCGAGUGGAGGCCUGGACAGUAUUGGUCGCAUUUGGGAUCUGCGCACCGGCCGCACCGUCAUGAUCCUUGAGGGCCACAUCCGGGAGAUCUACGGUCUCGACUGGGGGGUGGACGGCUACCGCGUGCUGACCGGGUCCGGCGACGGCUGGGUCAAGUGCUGGGACCUGCGGCAGGUUCGGAACACGGGGGGCAUCGGCGCCCACAAGAGCGUCGUGUCCGACCUGCGAUGGUACAAGGGCGGGGAAUCGUCAUUCCUGCCGGCGGCCGAGGGCGCGUCCGGCCAGAUGGAGGUCGACGGCGGCGCGGGCGACCCGCCGGCUGCUCCUGUGCAACCGAAGAAGUCGGGCACGUUCUUCGUGAGCAGUGGAUUCGACAAGAAUGUCAACGUUUUCAGUGCGGAUGACUGGUCGCUCGUGAAGACCCUUAGUGGUCAUUCGGGCAAUGUGCUCAGUACGGAUAUCAGCAGUGAUGCCCAGUGGAUUGCGAGCUGCGGUCAUGACCGGACAGUCAAGCUCUGGGGGAUUGAAUAAUUAGCGAGUUGUCAGAACAAUAUAAUAUCCGACCCUCAACUAUUUUCACCAGAUUUGACCUGGAAGCCUGUGGUCUCGACAGGCUGGGCGUACAACGCGCGGUACCGCUCACACGUGCAGGUACCUCUCUUGCUCUUAAUAACUGGGACGAAGGCUACUGUCGAUACAUGAAUCCCAAUGGCUGAGACCGACCCCAACAGAUGGAGCAUGGAUGUACGAUCAAGAAAGCCGCCUUGAAGAUGCAUGAACUGAGUUUCUAUCCACCGUCAAUCAUGAGUUAUAAAAUUCUCAAC